AUUUAUUGUGCCACUGUCGUAUUAUUGUCUCUGCCUUUAGGCCUAUACUGAAUAUCAUGGUCGCAAGGUAUAUGAAUUAACAGCAAACACCGCUGGCUUCCCCAGUGAUUUUACCCACGCACCGUUACUGCAUGGCAUAACCCAUAACUCUACUCUAUACAUCUAACUCUUCAAAAUAUAUAUUUGUUAUUCAGUCAGAUGUAUUUUGACACUGAAAAACAAGCAGACAGACAUCAGUCAUUACAUUUACCAAUUUCUUGUUAGGGGUCUUUGUAUGAACACUUGAUGUAACAAUACCAAUAUAUUUUGUAUUAAUAUGUCUGCCCUCUAAAUAACGUUUUAUUGUCUAGCUGUUUAGAAUUUGAAACGAUUUCUGCCAUCUUCGCAGCCGACGUCUUCGUUUUAGCUUUUCCUCACCAAGUGGCCAAGAAUGGAAUUGACCAGGGGAAUAUUUAUGCCGAAACCCAGUGUCUAAUUUGGGAAUGUCUAAUUGGCGUUUUGGAUCCAUCAAAAGCCCUGCCCUUAGAUGCCUGGCUCGCCCUUUGUGAUGCGGCUUUCAGCAAUGAGCCGCUGUGUGUAAUGUCAUGUAAUUUUAUCCAUCCAUAGCCUAGCAUACUGCACACAUAGCUCACACAAAACGGUACCUUGCCUUGAAUGAUGAUUAUUUAAUUUUUGUGCGCAACUUGGACAUUCUCUCGUGCGCGCUAUAUUUGUCACGAGAGGCUGUUUCAAUCAAUCCUAACUUCCGUUUGUAAAAAGUAGAUGUUUGAAGAGUACCCAUUUUUUCGGGGUGGAUUAAUCAAUGGACCUUAUAAGACUUCGAUGGAACCUAUUGAUUCCGAUUUUGGCACUCAUGGAAAAGGACUAAAAUACUAUUUUCGGCCAUGCCAUAAUGGUUAUAAUACUGGUUUUGUUAUUGUUGAAUUUGAUGCAUCCCAGUCACCAAAAGCCCCGUUCUUCUAUGGCGAUUAGGACAUCAACUCCACAGCAUCAGAGCUUUAACUCGAGGCAGCGCAGGGAUGCUGCGGGGCGUGGAGGAGUGUACGAGCACCUUGGGGGAGCACCGAGACACAGAAAGUUGUACUGCGCCACAAAGUAUCACUUACAAAUACAUCCCAAUGGGAGAAUAGACGGGACCCUGGAGGAGAAUAACCCUUUCAGCAUAUUGGAGAUAGCAGCAGUGGAUGUGGGAGUGGUGGUGAUUAAAGGACUGUUCUCUGAUAGAUAUCUGGCCAUGAACGAAAAAGGAGGACUAUAUGCAUCGGCUGCCUUCAACCAGGAGUGUGAGUUCAUGGAGCGGAUCCAUGAGUUAGGCUACAACACUUACGCCUCCCGCAACUACCAGACGACCACUCCCUCCACCUCAACAGGAAGCAGCAGCAGGCGAAGGGCGAGUGCUGAGAGGCUGUGGUACGUGUCGAUCAACGGAAAGGGCCGGCCAAAGCGUGGCCUGAAGACUCGCAGGACAGAGAAGGCGUCCCUCUUCCUUCCCAGGGUCCUUGGCCACAAGGACCAUGACAUGGUUCACCUGUUGUUCAACAGUAGUCUAGGGUACAGGCAGACUGCCCUCAGACUUACAGGAAAGACAGGGCAAAGGAGAUAGAGACAUGUUUCCAUAUCCAGGCAGUUUGAUGACUAGUCUGACUCAUGUCAUUCCACGCUGCCCACAGCCAGACUACCUACCUGGUGACUGAGAAACACCAGCACACCUUUCCCUCCUUUAAACUGACAUAAUGAUACUGUUGGAAUAAUGUACAACUUUAUAUAGAGAAUGCAUGCAUCAUACUGUCUUAUGAAUAAAGUGGUCAAUGUAUUGAA